GAAAAAACAGAUCUCCUCAUGCAAAUAGAUUCACAUGGGUCUGUGGCAAUCAGUUAACGCAUGCGACAAAUAGGACAGAAAAGGCAGGUCUGAGGCUGCUUUUACUGAAGAGGGAUUCAGAGGAGACGCACUGAUAUGGGUGAGGCUCAGUCGCGGUCAGUGAUGCUUCAUCAUCAGGACCAAACCCUGAACUCAUCCUACGGAGGGAAAGGAGGCCUCGAGUCAUCCUCCUCGCUCCAAAACCAGAAGGGUGACAAAGAUGGAAACUUCAACUUCUUGCCGGGCAAAGACGACGAGGGCUUCACGGGAAACGGAGGAGAUGAAAACCGAAACCAGGUGCGUCCACGAAACCUGGGUCCACUGGGUCGCGACCCCCCGAACUCGUCACCGUCCUCUGGGUUUCACGGAGGGGUCAUGUCACCUCGCUCUCGUCUCCCCUGCUGGAGCCCCCUGGAACCCCUGCCUGAAAUCGAGUGUGGGGAUGACGGGUACGGUCGAGUGCCACCCGAUGGAGCAGAGGAAAGGAGGAUGGAGGAAGAUGAGGCGAGGAUGAUGAUGUUCCAAAACGAGGUGAAGCAGAUGGAGAAAAUGGAGCAGCACAGGAGGAAGAGCAGUUUGGGUUUGAGACGACGGGACGAAGGUGAAGAUGAGCGGAAACUGGAGGAGGACGACGAAUGGGGAGACAGCGACUCAGAGUCUGAGUUCAGCUACAGGUCAGGUGGCAGCGCAUCCUCCCUCAGCAUGGAGUGUGGGCCAGAGGGGAUGCUCAUGGGAGGCUGGGACCGCAUCGGGGUAGGUGAACCAAAGUCAAACCAACAAGAGGGUGACCUAAACCGAAACAGAGACGCAGCAGGAAGAAGGAGCUUCAGCCGCAGGUCCUUGACGGGAUCCAACCUGGGAAACGUCUUAGAGGAAGGUGCAGAAGAACAAGAUGACGACCAGUCCUCGGACUCAGAUGGUGAGUUGCCGGAGUUGAUGGACGCUGUGUGGACGCUGCGGGACCGUGAGCGUUUCAAGGCCCAGGAGAUGGAGAAGCACCAGGUCCAGCUGACCAUGUACCGGAGGCUGGCUCUGAUCCGAUGGGUUCGAACCCUGCAGAGUCGAGUCCAGGAGCAGCAGAACCGCCUGCAGUCCAGCUUCGACGUCAUCCUCACACACAGGAAGGAACUUCUGCGUAUGGGCGCUGCAGCCGCCGUGGCCAACGCUGUGCCCGCCGCUGCUGUUGGACAGUCGUAGAGGAACUGAAACAGGAAACACUGACUCAAACUACUUUUAUCCUCAAAAUAAGACAAUCUCUUGUCAUUUCGUCUGACUUUUUUUUGUUGUCACACUGAUGUUUCUGAUUGUAAUAAUGGAAAAUCGUUUGUUUAUUUGUUGUUUAUCUUUACUGGUGUCCCACCUAGAGCAUCAACAAAUGUAUCUGACUCAUCUACAGUCAGGAAACCUUCAUCUAUGUAGCUUUGCCAAAUGAAAAUGUAUGACUUACAAUGUAUUUUGUUAAAGCAAUGACAUGAUGUACACUUUAUUGUCAAAUUCAGAUGUUUAUAUCAAAUAAUAUAUAUGUGUUUGUGUAAAGUGUAACUGUUUGUCUGGAAAUGUGAGUAGAAACACCUGCUCUACCAAAAAAUACUGGAAAAUAACAUGUACUUUUAUCAGUGUUAGAGGUUAUUUAUACUCUGAGAUGAUGAUGUAUAUAUAGAGAGAUGAUUAUUGUUAAAAUCAUGCAAUGAAUAAAAUGACCUUAUAUCU